AGGAGAACUCAAAAUGAAGUAUAAUCUAAAAAAAAGUAAGCCGGUUGAUCAGGCGCCGCGGUUGACGCGUAGUGGCUUCUGCGCGCUGAAGUUCAAAGAGUUUUGCAAAAGGACUGAUCUUCAUGGGUUUAAGUAUAUCACUAUGGAGGGGCUGAGUGUGGCUGAAAGGAGUGUGUGGGCAGUUACCGUUGUGAUCAGCAUCAUUUGCGCCAUUUUCCUCGUGGUAACUGCGUACAGGUGGUACGCCAGGAAUCCUAUAGUGACGGUGGUAGAGACGACACAAGGCGUCAUUUGGGAUAUUCCUUUUCCAGCAGUUACAAUAUGUGAUCUGAACAUUGUAUCCCGGAAAGCUGCUCGAAAAUUCUCCCUAGAAUUGCCAUCCUUGCCUGAAAAUGUAACGGCGGAUUUCGUGUUCAACACCCUUAAACUAGUACCGUUCUUGCAUUCUUUAAACAAAGCCCAACCCGAGCAGAAGAAGCACCUCCAGGUACUUCAAAAAGUUUUGGACCAAAAUAAAAUAAGUAUGGAGGAUUUAUUCAAAAAACUGUCCCCAGCCCUUUCGUGCAGCAACCUGAUGGAACGCUGUAUGUGGAAGAACACGAUAUACCGCUGCGACCAAAUCUUCAGGCGCAUAUUCAUGGCGAUCAACCUGUGUUGCACAUUUAAUUAUUAUGCGAUUGACGACGUCGAAAAUGAAUUAACAGUAUUUCGCUUUCCGACGCCAAGACGCGUAGCUUCAUGCGGCUAUCAAACGGCUUUGACGGUAAUCGCCAAAACGGAUCCUACGGAUUACUACAGUACUAGCUUCGCUUCGCUCGGGUCACUCGUGAUCGUCGACAACGCAUACAACGUCCCGGAUCCGGAUUCGCCGAUGCGCAUGGUCGAUCCGUCAGCCGAAUUGGUCAUCGCCGUGUCAGCGGAGCGGACGUACGCUACGGCCGGCAUCAAAUCCUUUUCCGUCCACGAACGACAGUGCUACUAUACCGACGAAAUAACCAUACCCAAUUUCAAUCAAUACUCGUUCCACAAUUGCAUGGUUGUGCGAAAGGCACAGAUAGUGGAAAAAGUAUGCAACUGCGUGCCAUUUUUUUAUCCAAAUAUAGGUCGUAAUAGAAUCUGUAACUUUCAAGACAUCGACUGCCUGGAAAUCGCGAUGAAUAUGACCAGUUUUAAUGAAUCCGAUGUUGGUGAAGAUCAGUAUGACGGGGAACCAAACAAAUUGAUGGAAUGCUUGCCAGAAUGUGAAUAUUUUGCUUACCCGUUACAAGUAGCUAUGGGGACAGUAUCCGAUCGCGUGCCUCUCACCGGAAUAGAUUUUUACAAAGACGUUGACCUGAAGAACCGUUCAGUGGUGAACAUUUUCUUCAAUGAUCUGGUGGCGACCAGGUAUCGCCGUGACGCUUAUCUCAACUGGCAGAAUGUAUUAGCUGCAUUCGGAGGGCUGUUAAGUUUGAUGUUGGGUUUCACAGUGGUCUCGGUGUUUGAUUUCAUUUUAUUUUUCACCCUGCAAGUUCUUUAUGAUUCAGUUAUAAGGUUCUUCAAAAGCGAUGACUUGCACCGAACCAACACGAGUAAAGAUUAUUUUAUAAAUGUUGAAGAGUACAAAAAAUAUGGAAGGGUCAAACCGGCUAAGCUUACAUCAUCUAAGUAUAAAAACUAUAAAGAUUUGAAAAGAAAACAAGCAGAUAUGUUAUAUGGAAGAAAUAGGUACUAGUUAAACUCAUUUAAUUUUGCACUUUAAUGCAGUUAG